AUGUUCGGGGUUUUCCACUUAAUGAGUGUUCCGAAACUUAACGCCUUAAUUCUGAGAUACAUUUUCCGUUACGCACAGUCAAUUGGCGUCAUCUUUUUUCGACUUAAAAAAAGUCAUGAAGGGGAAAUAGUAUCAAAUUGCAAGUGGAUGAAGUGGAUUAGUAUUAUUCAUCGGAUUGUGACCUUCUCCUUCUUCAUUUAUUCGUAUUUAUGUAUUAUAACUUUCACAAGUCUACACGUCGCUAAAAUAAUUCUCCUUUUUCGACUUUUACUGAGCAUUCCCAUUGUUGGGCUUAUCUUGGGAUACAAGGUUUUACGAGGCGCAGAAAUUAUAGAGCUUUUCAAUCAAUUCCUCCGGCUCUUUCGACAAGUGCGGAAAGUGUUAAGGUUGAAAACAACUGGCUUUGGCGGCGGACGAGAGCUCAUUUUGAUCCUUCUGGGAUUGAUCAGCCUGUUCCAUGAGAUAACAUAUCUCUGGAUUGUAGAAAAACAUUUCUCUUUGCAUUUUUUCAUAUUUUGGUGGUGCGACUUUUUUCUCGUCACCGGCACCAACAUGUUUAUACACAUCAAUUUCAUGGCCUAUCUGAGCAUUGGAGUUCUUUAUUCGGAGGUCAAUAAAUAUGUUCGUAUCAAUUUGCGAAUCCAACUGCAGAAACUGGAUACCUCGACCAGCGAAAAAGCAAUAAGAAAAGCACACAAACAGCUGGAAAAGUGCAUAUAUUUGUACAGAAAGAUAUAUAAUAUCAGCACUACCUUUCAGAGACUCUUUGUACUGCCCCUUUUUUUGGCACUUCUGAAUAAGGUUUUGAUUAUCACCAUAAUGGGCCUCAGAAUGAUUAUUGAUUUGAAGUACGUCGGCAGCAUUUUCUGGAUACUCAUCUUCAAACAUAUAUUAGACCUUUUUCUGCUAACCAUUUCUGUUCAGGGUGCACUGAAUCAGUUCAGAAUUAUCAGGCGGCUAAACUUGGAGAUCGGCGAGGCAGGCAAACUUAGAAAAUUUCAACGUACGCUGGAAAUAUUCUUCAUUCAUCUAAAUCUUUGCCAGUUCAGAGUUCAAAUCUUGGGCCUCUGUGAAAUUACCAACGAACUCUUUCUAAUAUUUUUAUCAGCACUGACAUCUUGGCUGGUUUUCCUUGCACAACAUAGAAUGCAAUUAAAUAAUGUUUAA